GCUCGUUUUCUGGCUACGUUGUUCUGAUGCGAGCUUGGGCGUGCGGCUGCAGAGCCACCGAUGCUGUGAUGAUCAACUGCGAAGCGCGUGUCGGGUAUGCCAUCGGAGAGACUGAAUUGCUCAGAUGAGUAUAUGAGCGGAGACGGUGCUGACGCGUGUGGUUCUGUCCUUGAUCUUUCUCGCUUCGGUCGCUCGCUGCCAUGGCUCUCAUUGACCUCAAUCCCACGAUGGGCGCUACGUUUGUUGGUCUCCUGUUGGGCGCGGUGUUUCAUGGAAUAACGACGUUGCAGUCGAUCUUCUAUUAUACGACCUAUCCAAAUGACAAGAUUGUCCUGAAACUCCUAGUGGCCUUGCUAUGGCUUCUCGACUCGCUCUCGUUAGCGAUGAUUGCGUACGGCCUAUACAAAUACUUGAUCACGGACUUCCUGGAUCCACUUGCGCUUAUGUACAUGGAUUGGGGCCUUGCUACCGAGCCAAUCGUCUCUGGUAUCAUAGCCUUCAUUGUCCACGAAUUCCUAAUCUACCGCAUAUGGAUGCUGAACAGACGUUUGGUGAUCUACGUAGUCUUCCUUGCUGUGUUCUCGCUGUUACCUCUCGCGCUGGCUUUCGUUGCAUCCCUAAAAUCAGUUAUCGGAGGAGAGCGCCUGUGGACAAGUAUAACUGGCCUACGGUGGGUUGCGACCACCGCGGACACCACAACAGCAGCCCUUGAUCUUAUAAUCGCCUGCACGAUUUGCUGGCAACUGUACAAGAGUCGUACUGGUUUCAUUCAGACCGAUAAGAUCAUCCAGAGGCUGACCGUGUAUACGAUCAACACUGGCCUGCUCCCUACCAUCGUCAGCAUUGGAGGACUCAUUGCCUACCUGGUCGCCCCUGAUACGCUCGCAUUCGAGGUCUUCAACAUCAUUGUAUCAAAAGCCUACACAAAUACUCUUCUUGCGACGUUGAACAGCCGACAGUCCGUGAAAGGAUAUGCAACGAACUCUAGCGAAGGAUUUUCAGCUCCCAAUAUGGCUCCUGUCGAGUUCAAAGUGGGCAGGCCAACGUUACCGACUGCUAGGUCUGGCGACUCCUCGAUCGACGAUCAAUCGGAGGAAAUGCACUUCGCAUCCGCGAAGGUUGCCGGGCCUGACUCGGAUGCUCGCGCGUACGGUACAACCAGGCAAUACAUCCCCUAGACUUUCCGCCAAACAGGCUGUCUAGCACCUCACGUUCACCUUGCGCUACGCCUGUCCAUACCCCCGCGACCAUCGUUGCGAAAGUGUCACCAUAUUCCUUUCCCUGCACGCCUAAAUACAGCCGCGAGUCAUUGCCAUGCGGCUUGUGUUGGUAGCGAUCGAUACUUGUUUCCAAGUACUAAGUACUAGGAAGUUCUUUAGUUGACUUUCGUGCCUGUACAAUGUCUCGUUAUUUAUUUGUGUCGUUAGAUUGUUGAUGAAAUCAAAUGAGCGAGCCUUCUCU